GCCCUUGCACUUGCGUUGCAGGUUCUAUCCUAGCUAAGCCCUAAGCUUGUACGCGCAUGGCCAGUGCUUGCGUGCUCCGUGGUACGGUGCUUGUGUUGUGCGUCCUCCUGGUUCUCUCGUCCGCAUCUGCCGCGGCUAGCCGGCAGAUAGGUAAUGGGAGAGAGGCCACGGCGCCGGCGGCGAUGGCAAUGGAUGCAGGAGGGCGCUUCGUCAGGAAUGUGCUGCGGGAGGAGAUGGUUAAGGCGGACGGCCAGGGCGACAUUGGGCAGUCUAAGAGGACCAGCCCCGGCGGCCCAGACCCGCAGCAUCAUUAGCUGAUGUCCGUUCACUGCCGGUCACGUUCAUGCAACAAAUUGCCGGGCAUCAUAAACAA